AUGAGCUUUCCAGGAUUUUAUGAAGUGAGCCUGGCAGACCAAGAAGUAUGCAAACAAAACCUGGCUGUACUCAUUAAAGCUUACAAGAGUCCACCAGAGGAAAUGGAACCCCCUGAGACGUCCAUCUAUCCAAGGAACGAUGUGCAGCUGGCUGUUGAAAACACGCUCAUCUGUCACGUGACAGGCUUCUUUCCUCCACCUGUCAAUGUCUCAUGGACUAAGAACAAUGUCGUUGUGACAGAAGGCGUGAGUCUGAGUCAGUACCGACCGAGGAGCGAUGGUACCUUCCAUGUGUUCUCCUCUCUGAAGAUCACUCCUGAAGAGAGAGACAUUUACAGCUGCACAGUGAACCACCGAGCCCUCCAGGGCCAACCGCAGACCAAAAUAUGGAAUCAUUAG